AUGGCUGCUCGCAAUCCUCCACCUAUUGUCCUAUCCGAAGAAUAUGUUCAGGAGGCCUUUCACUCCUUCCUCAGGUCUUCCCUCUCCCAGGCAAAGGUCGAAGGACUCCUCGGUGUAGACGUCCUCUCGAGCGCCGAGGCAGAUUUGAUGAUCACUGGGCCCGCGUUGUGUCUCUACUUCGCCGCUUUGCGUUCGACUACAAAUCCACCAUCUGUUCCGCUACCCAGGCGGACCAAGGCGUCUGCACCUGUGGACCUCUCUUCAGAGAGCUGCCCACUUCCCUUCCGCCAAUUCUGGGCCGUCUGGUCCCAGAGCGUACCCGAAAUCCAGGCACUCGUGCCCGAGCACCAGCAUGACCUGGCGCGAAUUAUCUGCGGCCUUCUGCCUCUCUGUAAGCCGCCGAAUGCCCGCUUGAACGGUAUCGCUGCGGAUCUGCGAGCAGUCGCUAUUGAGAUCAGCAUGCGCCGGACGUUCCAGGACCGAUAUGCGAAUGACUUACAGGCGGCACUGGAUGCAGGGACGGGAGGGAACACUAGGCUCAAAGCAAGCUUCGUACCUCCACCGGGAUACGAGGCUCCCAGAUUCCCAUCCCCGAUUUCUACCACCACUCCACCCAACACACCGCGGAAGUCAUCCCGGAAGUCACACGUGUCCAGCCCGACAUUAAGCCCUAUUCCACCUUCUCAAUCUCGCGCGCCGUCGCCCAGCAUCCUAUCACCAACAUCCCCUGCAAUUGAACUUAUCCGCGAGACACUCUACGCAGCGCUCGCCGACGUGCUCGAGCGGAUGCCGCACCUACGGCAACUCGUCCGCACAGACCCGAUCCGCGGAUACUUCGCCGCCGUCGCCUUUGCGAUCCUCGACGUCGCCACGGGCUCUGCCACCCAUCCCUCUGCUCCCUCGCAGGCGGUCGCGGACGUGCUUCCCCGCUCCGCUGAGCCCUCCAUUCGGGGCGUGCUCGGACAGACACUUUUACUCUCGAACUGCCCUGAGCCGCUGCGCCCGUUCAUGGCGGAGUUGUGCGACAUCGGAAAGACCGCGGCGGAGAUAGAAGAACAGGACUCACUUGCUAGCGUCCAAGCACUGCAAAAAGGACAAGAGCCGCCCGUUCCCCGCCUCGAUAAGGUGCGCGAUAUCCUUGAGCAUGGCGUGGGGAAUGCGCGCCUCGGCGAUGAGACCAGCCCGGCGCAGGAGGAUCGCCGGGCAGCAGCGAGACAGACCAAUGGCAGCGACGGAUAUCGUCACGUUUCGCGGCCCCGCACGACGUCCACUGAGAACCGUGCUGUGGUGUUUGCGAACCGGAUAAAUGCCCUUGCACUCGGAAUGACGAAGCUGCGGGCGUUCAGGGAGAGGCAGGAGAUGGUGUUCAAGGUCCUGGUGGGUUUGGGUGGGUAG